AGGAUUGUAUGGCCGAUAGCACUCACUUUGUACCUGCUACGCUAACCUUGUGUCAAUUUUGUGAGUUCAAAUGCGGUCACUCCAUUUCCUUCACCACCCAGUCCCUGCCCAAACCUGCCACCGAGCAUCGACAUGAAGAUGGUUUCAGAAUAGACGACUCAUUUUCUCCUCCUUUCAGCGUCCAGUAUACUGAUCGGAGGCAGUCAGAGCCUGAAUUCUGUCCAGCAGACCAGAUAUUUCCUCUUUCUGUAGCUCACAUAGUCUCACACGAAACGAAGAAUCACAGAACCUAUGUUAGCACCCCGACUCCGCCACAAAAAGACUACUCAACAAUCAAGGACUCUCUUUAUCGGGCUGAUUACGAGUCUGCUGAGGCUAACAAUAUUGUGUUUCUAUCAAGUAACCGUCACCAGGUCAAAGCAAGUGUGAUAUUCAGACGAUUUCAGAUCAAGGACCGAGAGGCUAGGGGUGAGACCAGGAGAGCUAUUUUAAUGAUGAUUUUAUCAGACAGAUUUGCUGCUCUGGAAUACAUAUCAUAUCUUCAACCUAUGUUUGGAGAAAUUAUCAGAAUCCUGUGCGAUAAAUCGAAAGCAAUAUACGACUCAGAAUCACAGACAGUUAGACAGGCGGACGGUUUGAGACCUCUUCGUUCUUUGGGAACUUUGUUAAAAUUCAGUGACUUGCACACUUUCCUUCAUCAAAAGUUUACGAAGAUCUUGCACGGUUUAGAAACUAAGGAGCUUCCUCUGACAAUAGUACCACCUGGUAAAGUAGACGAGAUGAGCAGAGAGGAACCAGAAGCAUGCUUCUGCCAGCCACCAGACUCUGAGGCUUCCGAACUGUAUUCUAGGGAUCGUGCUGAGACUCUUGUUGAACCUCCUGCUCCUAAAUUCACAAACAUUACAGAGAUAAACGAGAUGUUGAUAAUGGGAGAUCUAAAGCUGAUAAUCCAGAAUAUUGUGGUAGGUAACCAAAUAGUAGUAAGAGGGCAGCACCCCACCACUGUAGAGUCUAUCCUCACCGUCCUCACUUCGUUCCUCCCUCCUAACUGUGUCCUCAACUUCGGGUAUCUUCACCACUACGAACCUUGUUACGCGUGUCGGUUUCUAGGGCUCCCACUCAAUGUUCACGUUCCUACAUCAGGUCAGAUCCUUGUUAUAGACGUCAUGACAGCGGUGGAGCGUCCACGAGAGUUGAAAUGUUUUAGGUUUGAGGUUAAGAAAAUUCCAGAACUCCAUAAGUUGAUGGUUCCGCCACCUAGAAUUGUAGAAGAGAUAACUGAGCUGAUAACAUUGUCUAAGUCACAUGAAACUGAAACUUACUCCACGGCUCUCAAGGCUGUUAUCCAGAAUUGGUCCUCCAGAUCCAUCAGCUAUUUCCUUGCUGUAAAGACAAUGAUUGAUGCUGCGUCAUCUGAAGCUAAGUUAUUAAGCAUAUUGCAGGCUGGGGAAAACGAUGUUUUUGUGCUGAAGUUUUUCAAGGGUGCUCUAACUCAUCAUGAGAAGAAUAAGUUGUUAAAUGAGGUCCAGUGACCGUUAGGAUUUUAUUAUAUAUCAACCUUGUGACACCUUUAUUCAUGUUGAAUUCAUUGCGAAAAAAAUAAAUUUUAUUUAAUAGAUGGGAGACGGAGAUUAUUCUUUUCGGUUAUAUUUCUUAAAUUAGAUUUUCUAAUUCUUUCUUGUUCCACUAUGUUCAAUUAGGUUCAAAUGUUGUGCAUGGACCCCUAUCUUUUACUCAAUUUAUUUGAUUUUCGAAUUUUGAUGUAAUGUUUAGACUAUUUAACUUAUUUAUAUUGUAAUUUGUAUAAUGUUUAGUUGUGUAGUGAAUUCAUAUUAUUGUGGAAGAA